AUGCCCGUCACAGUACUUUCGGACCAUGAUGUUCAGAGAGUGUUGCACUCUCUUACAAGCCAGGACAUUGACGACAUCCAACAAUCGCUUGCGGAUGCUCUGCACCAAUACUCAACCGCUGGAGAAGAGGAUGGCUGUUGCUCGGCCUACCAACCUCAAAGAAUCCACAUGAGCCGCACUGAUGGAGCAACGAGCUUGUUCAUGCCGGCAUCUAGUAGCUCUGGCAUGGGCGUCAAGGUCAUCACUCUGGACUCGGUCAAGAAGCCAGACGUCACACCAGAUCUCAAACGAUUGUCUAUUGGUUCGACAAAGUCGUCUCACACAACAUCUACUACCGGCUCCAAAUCUCGACCUACAUCCAUGUCUGGUCCUAUUCUCACCCCCUCUACUACCUCAGAAGACUCCAAGCCGCCUGCUACUGCACCCCGUGGGUCGUUGACUCUGUUUGACAGUCAAGGCAAUCCCAGCGCUUUGGUCAAUGCCGAAGAACUCACUGCUUUCCGCACAGCUCUGACCAGCUGCAUGCUUCUCAAAAGGAGACACAAAGUGCACGACCUCACAGUCUUUGGAGCUGGCAAGCAGGCCUACUGGCACAUCCGUCUAGCUCUACUCCUCCGCGGUUCAGAGAUUCACCACGUCAACGUGAUCAACCGCUCUUUCGACAGAGCAAGAGAGAUGCUAAUGAAGCUGUACAACCCCUUCCCUCAAGACCCGGACUUCGAAAAUCCUCUAGGCCACAAAUUCGGCAGCAAGACAAAGACCAGUAUCCUCACGACCGGCCACACCGAAUACACUCGUCUGCUCAAAGAGUACGUCCGCAGUGCGCACGUCAUCUUCUGCACUACACCCAGCACACAACCACUGUUUCCUCCGGGCUACCUCUUGAACCCCGAAGGCCGCAAAAAGGGCCGCUACAUUGCCCUCAUCGGCUCCUACAAACCCCACAUGGUCGAACUGCAUCCCGUCAUCAUCAGAAACGCCGUGGCGCCUCACCAUGAACACCGCCACUUCCACAAGCAUCAGCAAGAAGGCGGUGCCAUUGUCGUCGACAGCGUCGAAGCAUGCCUCCAAGAAGCCGGCGAGCUGAUCCAAGCAAAUGUGCAACCCGAUCAAGUGGUUGAGAUUGGCGAGCUUGUGAUGCUGAGACGUGAGGCUGAAAAGGCAGCGGCUGAUGCGGCAAAGAAGGGUGACACUGAUAACAAGGGUCAAGGCAUUCAGGUAUCAGAUGAUUCGGGAUUGAAGGAAUGGCUUUGCAAGGGUAAUGUCAUUGCAAAGAUUGUUGGGUUAGGUCUUAUGGAUGUGGUAGUUGGCAAUGAGGUGGUCAGGAUCGCUCGUGAGCGUGGUAUUGGCACGCACAUUGCUGAGUUCUAG